AUGGCGGCCUUAACACGGUGGCUGCCAGGACACUUCCACACGCUGGUGCUGAUGGCUGCGGUUCUGCCAGAAGCCUGUUGUGUGUGGGUGAACAGGAGCCUGCAACAAGAGAUGCAGACGCUGGAGUUGUUGCUGCGGCCGGACCGCUACGAUCCACAGGUGCGCCCGCCCGGCAUCACAGGUGCCAACCCCACCAUAGUGAGAGUCAACCUCUUCGUCCGCACGCUUACCAAAUUUGAUGAUCAGAAUAUGGAAUUCGAAACGCAGAUAACGUUCAAGGAACAGUGGACGGACGCGAGGCUAAAAUUCAACGACUUAGGAGGUAAACUGAAGUACCUCACGCUAACAGAUACUAAGAGGAUAUGGAUUCCAGAUGUGUUCUUCGUUAAUGAGAAGAAAGCGUAUCAUCACAACGUCGUCACACCUAAUGUCUACAUACGGAUAUUUUCUUAUGGUACUGUGCUUUUCAGUACAAGAAUCUCGAUGACGCUGUCCUGCCCAAUGGAUCUGAGGAGGUACCCACAUGACGUCCAAGUGUGCUCCCUAAUGAUGGGAUCCUAUGGUUGGAAGACUGAUGACGUGGUGCUCCUGUGGAAAGACGGCGACCCUGUGCAGAUCAUGAGCAACCUACACCUGUCGCUCUUCACUCUUGAGAAGUUCCUCACGGACUACUGCAACACCGUGACGACUACAGGUGACUACAGCUGCCUGAAGGUGGAGCUGCUGCUGCGGCGAGAGUUCAACUACUACAUGAUCCACGUGUACCUGCCGUCGUGCAUGCUGGUCAUCAUGUCGUGGGCGUCGUUCUGGCUGGACCGCGGCGACACCGCGUCCCGCCUGUCGCUGGUGGUGGCCGCGCUGCUCAUGCUGGCCGUGCAGGUGUCGCGCGUGUACGCCUCGGUGCCGCAGGUCGCCUACACCAUGGCCAUCGACGUCUGGAUAGGCGGCUGCUUCACCUUCGUCUUCACUGCGCUGCUGGAGUCGACGCUGGUGAGCCACGCGAGCCGUUCAGACCUGCUGCGGGAGAUGAAGGAGCGCGGCCAGCUGCCUCGCAUGGCCACGGACACGACGCUGGACGACACCAGCCUAACGUCUCCUAAGAAUCAGUACAUCGCGAUGGUGGAGACGAGGCGUUCAGACAUUGCACAAGAGAGGACGAAGGAGCAGGUUCACCAACCUUGUGCAGUUGCGGCCCUGACCGUGGAGGACAGCAGCGCCGCGUCCAGCAAGGAGGCAGCAGCGAAGCAACCUGGCGCGUCUAUGAUGAGUAGUGUUGGGCCAACCAAACCAGAGAAGCAGCACGGGCCAGAGGGGGUGCCGAGUAAGGAGUGCGAGAUCCAGGCUGCGCCGCCGGCACACAGGAGCGCUGCAGACCUACAGUCCGAUGUUGGCAGCGAGGAGGCGGCCGAGCCCCGCAGGCCCAACCUGAACCUCCUGUCCUCGGGCAGUGCAGGCAGCCUGCUCCAGGCCAGGGCUGCCAACUGCUGCUGCUGCGUCUUCCUUGCCAAGUUCCCCUCCCGCGCUACGCGCAUAGACAUCAUCUCUCGAAUUACCUUCCCAAUCGCCUUCACCCUGUUCAACUGUUUCUACUGGUACACGUACUUAUUCACUGAGGAGGAACCGUAAUCGGGCCUUGUUGCUGCAGUCCUAUCUGGACCGCAUUAGUUUCCUGGAACUUAACAGAUUCUAAAUUUUUACACGAUCUUAUAUCUGUGAUGCGUUUACUACAAGUAUUUUAUAGUAAUCAAAGUUUUAUUCUAGCGUAUUUUGGAAUACAGUAUCAAUCGAAUGUUUCGAUUUAUCUUCGCCGAGGAAAUAAGGUUUUCUGAUGACCCACGAAUUCUUGAGAUGCU